AUGGCCGGUCGAGCAGGAGCAGCAACGUCACCUCCUGCUUCGUCACCGCCGGGCAAGCAGUUCGCGGAAGUGGUGGUGGUGCGACACGGCGAGACGUCGUGGAACGCCACCCGCACCAUCCAGGUAUGUCCACUUACCUCCUCCACCAUCGAUCUUCUCCGGCUGACACAGCCAUUUCCCCAAAUCUCGUCUUCGCAGGGGCAGAUGGAUCCGGAGCUGAACGAGACCGGCAGACGACAGGCUCUCGUGGUUGCCCGUCGGCUGUCGAGGGAAGCCAAGCCAGCUGCCGUGUACUCCUCCGACCUCAAGCGCGCCGCCGAGACCGCGCAAACCAUAGCCACAGCCUGCGGCGUAUCCUCUCUGGUGCUGGAUCCAGCGCUGAGGGAGAGGCACAUGGGAGAUCUCCACGGCUUGGUGUUUGACGACGCCGUCAGAAGGAAUCCUGAGAUCUUCUCUUCUUACUCGAGAACCCAAGAAAUCCCCGGUGGUGGGGAGAGCCUCGAUCAGUUAUCCAAGAGGUGUGUCUCGUACCUGAACACAGUAGCUGAGAAGCACAAGUGGGAGCGGGUGAUCGUGGUCACCCAUGGCGCCAGCACGGAGGAGCUGUGCAUACACGCCGACCCGACCAGCCCUGUGCGCGGGAAGCUCUACAACACUUCGAUCUGCGUCUUCCGUAUCGGCGGCGGCGAAUGGAUCCUCGAGAAGACCGGCGACGUCGGCCAUCUCGAUCAAGGUGAAUUCCUUGAGGACGCAUUUGGCGGCGAUGGCGUGUCUGCGUGA